UUUCCCCCCCCCCCCCUAUAAGAAAUUUCUAAAUACGUCCCUGGUAAUAUUCGAGUGGCGAUUAAUAAUCUGUGACUUGUAUGUUUAAAAAUUGUAAAUACAUAUUUAUUAAAAGUUGUAGUAAUAAUUCUUACUGUAUAUUUAUAAAAACCAGUAGGGUAGUUGGAGCUUAAGGGAGGCGAUUUAUAACUAUCACGGGUGUAAGUAUUAUACUAUUUUAUUAUGGCUCUAACUGUGAUUAAAAAAUAACUAAUAAAUUCUAAGGAUGGGGCGAUCCACCCCUCAGCAACGUAGAGAAACAUAUAAGAAAAUUUGUUGAUUAUUUUGGUAAAAUGAAUAUUGUAAUUACUCCUAAGAGUAUAGGUAUUUUUUAAUUUUUAAUUUCUAUAGCAUUUGAUUAGUUGUAAACAUUUUUUUAACUUUUUUAAUUUUAGAAUAAUAAAAAUAGAAAGAUAUCAAUAAUUACUCAAGAUGAAGAUGAAGAUUGUAAAACUGAUAUUUGGACGACUCCAGUAAAUAAACAUAUGAGAAAAUCAAUGACACCAACUAAACAUUGUGUUUCAAAAGUGCGUCGUAGUAUUUUACAGGAUAUACCAGAAAAUAAAGAAACUGAAGUAGUUAUUACUCCAAAGACACCAAGAAAAACUCCAAAGACACAUGUAAAAAACUUAAUAGCUUCAGCUAAUAAAAGAUUAGACAGUGGAGUAAUGGUUCCAUGUAGUCCCUUGGAAAAAGCAAGAGCAAAUUUACACUUGCAUGCUGCUCCUAAACAUUUACCAUGUCGUGAAGUUGAAUUUAAAUCUAUACACUCAUUUUUGGUCAGAAAAAUUAAUGAUGAAUUAACUGGGAGUAUGUAUAUUAGUGGUGUUCCUGGUACAGGAAAAACUGCUACGGUUAAAAGAGUUAUAGAUUUUUUAAAUGCUGAUUUAAUUAUGAAACACAGUUUCAAAUUUAUAGAAAUUAAUGGUCUAAGACUUGCCAAUCCACAUCAAGCAUUUUCAGUCAUAUGGAAAGAAUUAACUACAGAAACUGUGUCGUCCUCUCGAGCCCAAGCACUUCUUAAUGAUUAUUUUUCUGGUGAUGAAGUCAGAAAUUUGUCAACAAUUUUAUUGGUUGAUGAAGUUGAUCAUAUUUGUAACCGCAAACAAGAUGUUGUGUAUAAUAUUCUUGACUGGUCCAGUCGAAUUGGUUCAAGAGUGGUUGUAAUAACAAUUGCUAAUACAAUGGAUUUACCUGAACGAGUAUUAAGAGGAUGUGUUACUAGCCGAAUGGGGUUAACUAGAUUAGUAUUCAAGCCAUAUACAUUUCAACAAUUACAAGAAAUUAUUACAAAUAGGCUGAUUGGUAAUUCUUCAUUUGAUCCUGAUGCUGUUCAAUUUGUGGCUAGGAAAGUAGCUGCAAUAUCAGGUGAUGCUCGACGAGCUCUGGAUAUAUGUCGUCGAGCUAUAGAUUUAAUUAAAUCAGAAGAUGAUAUUCAAUUAAUAACUAUUAAUCAUGUCACUCAGGUGUUAAAUUCAAUACUUUCUGGUGUCCGUGUAACGGCUAUCAGGUACUGUAGUCUUUUUGAAAAAAUUUUUCUCAAAGCCCUGAGAGAUGAAACAAUCAGAACAGGCUUUGAUCAUAGUACAAUUGAUUCUAUUUAUAUUCAAAUGAAAAGUAUUUGUUUGUUUGAAGGUGAACAGUUACCUAAUGAUCAACAAGUCAUUAUGAUGGCAUAUCGUUUAAGAGAUAAUGGUUUGAUAUUUUUAGAAAAGAAGCGAACGGAUGUCUUUCGUAAAGUAUCACUUAAUAUUAGUUCAGAGGACAUUAAUUAUGCUUUAGAAAAGUAUAAUAAUUAAGUUAUGUUAUCUAAUUAUUUUUAUAUUUUAUUCCUUAUUGUGACUUAUAUACUCAGUGUAAUUAUAUUUAAUAUUUGUAUUUUUAUUAUUCAACUGAAUAUUUUAGUCAAUUAUUUUUAUAAACUAUCAGUACCUUUUUUAAUUCCUAAAU